UGUGUGUCAGAUGUGCUCACGCUAACAUUACCUCUCAUCACUUCACAGCUCAUCGCCAACCCUCGCUAACUACCAGCCUCGACAGAAACUAGAAGAACCGUCUUUCUCUCGUCCACACUGAAGUCAGCGAGUAGAAGUUAAGUGAGAAUCUAAAUCAGGUCAUCAUGUGUACGGGUAAAUGUGCUAAAUGCACCGCAGACCUUCUCUUCCCGCUCGGUCUCUUAGCCGUGGUUGGAAACAUCCUGCUGUUUUUUCCCAACGGUGAGGUGUGGAGGACCGAGGAGGUCACUGAGAAGAUCUGGUUCUUCCCCGGGGUGAUCGGAGCAGGACUGCUGGCGUUUCUGCCAGCGUCGAUCAUGAGGGCCGCGGGGCUGGAGGGCAGCUGCUGUGCAAACAGAUGCGGGAUGAUGCUGUCCAUGCUGAUGUCUGUGUUGGGUGUUGCUGGAGCUCUGUACUGUAUGAUCAUCUCCGCCGUCGGCCUGCAGGACGGCCCUCUGUGUGACACAGGAGACGGGAUCUUCAUCUACCCCUUCCUAAACAGCACUACAGAAGAGAGUUACCUGUUCAACCAGACGUCAUGGGCGGUGUGUGUGCGGCCGCAGAAUGUGGCGAUGUGGAACGUGGUCCUGUUUUCCAUUCUCUUGAUCAUCGGGACUCUGGAGGCUGUGCUUCUGCUGGCGCAGGUAGUCAACGGACUGAUCGGAUGUCUCUGUGGGACCUGCAUGAACAAGAACCAGCACACACAGAUGGAAUGAAAACCCAAGAACACACUCCAGUAUGUGGGACCUGUGCAGAUAUUACAUCCACACGGAGCUACAGAAACACACAUAUGAUGAAUAUCAUGUCUAGUUUUUGUGAAUUAUGUCCUUGUCUUCUAUAAAUGAAGCCUUUGACAGGUAAUGAAUCUAUAGAAGGUCAGAGCAGCUCAUGGCAAUUCAUAGAUGAUUUUAAAUUUCAGUGAAUUGGUGGCUAAUUCAUGAAUUCAUCCGAUCCUAUUGACGGUUAUGUCUGGGGGUGGGUUUUCAUGUUUACCUUUUAACUAAAAAAAAUAAUACAUUGAAUUCAUUCAAUAUCGCCUCCUCAUAAAAUCACUAAGUUUUCUCAUGAGAUCAGGUUGCAAUAUUUCAGACACGUGAUGUUUAUGCUAUAACCCUGUCAUAUUCAACUAUCAAAUACAAUAAACAUAUUUUCCAAGUUUUGUAAAGCUG